ACAAAAAACCAGUAGCCACCAAUUACUCCAAACACAAACCAACACCAACACCAACCCACAGAGAGACGAAACAAAGCAAAUAGAUUCAAGGUUUUCAGUCAGUUUUUAGGAGGGAAACUCCCAAAACCCAUUGAUUCUUCUACCCAAAGACCAAAAUUCAUUCCCUUCAAGCAUUUGUGGAGAGAGAAAAAGAAAGAAAAACCAGAGAGAGAAACCAGAGAGAGAGAGAGAGAGAGAAUGUUUGCAGCAGAAAAUGGACUGAAAGGAGACCCAAGGCUCCAAGCCAUAUCAGAGGCCAUCAGGGUUGUGCCUCACUUUCCAAAACCAGGAAUAAUGUUUCAAGACAUAACAACAUUGUUGCUUGAUCACAAGACCUUCAAGCAUGUUGUCGACAUUUUUGUUGAUCGCUACAGAGACAUGGACAUCUCUGUUGUUGCCGGAGUGGAAGCCAGAGGGUUCAUGUUUGGCCCUUCAAUUGCUUUAGCAAUUGGUGCCAAGUUUGUCCCUUUACGUAAACCUAGAAAGUUGCCGGGAGAAGUAAUUUCAGAAGCGUAUGAGCUUGAGUACGGAACUGAUUGCCUGGAAAUGCACGUUGGUGCUGUUCAGCCCGGCGAACGUGCAUUGGUAAUUGAUGAUCUAAUAGCUACCGGUGGGACCUUGUCAGCAGCAAUAAGACUUUUAGAACGUGUCGGGGCUGAAGUGGUAGAAUGUGGAUGCGUUAUUGGGUUGCCUGAGGUUAAGGGACAGUGCAGGCUUAAUGGAAAGCCACUCUACAUCCUUGUGGAGCCACGCGAGUUAGAUAACGAGAUCUGUUCGAGUUCUGCUUGGGCUGACCGCAGAAACAAUGGCGCUUCACUCGAGCAAAUGGCCGUGAAUGUUUAGAGCGACUGAGUUCCGGUGCUCAAUGCUCAUCAUUCCCUCGUCUGCGUCUCGUGUAGAUUGCUAUGUAACAUUAGCCAUUUCGAACAAAAUGCAUGGACGAAUGUUAUUUUCGAGAGAUCGAUUUAUUCUUAAAACAGGAAACCUUCAUCGCCGCAUUAUGGCAAAUUAUUCAAUUUAAAAUCUCUGAUGCUCAUUGCUUUUGCUAAGCAAAGAGGCUCUAAAAGAACAGCCAAAGAAGCUAAACAUGGACCUCAACUGAUGCGUGCCAUCGCUAUUCACGAUUCCCCCUUGAAAAACCUUCCGCACUCACUCUCACGCAUGAGAGUGAGUGCGGGAAGUGAUCUUUGGAGCGACGAAAUCAUCCCCCUUGUUCCUUCAGCAUGUCGUGAAUACCUAAAGUUGGAUAUUUUAACAAAUCGAUGAAGAAUUUACAUCACAACCUAGAAUGUCGAUUUAUAACCAAGGAAAAUGAAAGAAAAGCUGCAACAACAAUUGCAAAAGGCAGCAAUACCAAAAGACAAGCAGCAAAAUCGUAGAGUCAAUGUUUUAUGGUGAAACUCCCCGCAGGCUGGCAUCCGAAAAGCUUGAGGUACAAUAACCAUGGCAACAUCAUGAUUCGCUUACACGCGCAUACAACGGAAAAGAGCAGAGCCACUUUCAAAUUUAUAAGCCAAAACAAAAGAGAAACAUGUUUUUCACUAAUAAUUUCCUUUCAUCUCUACAACAUUGUGGUAAAGCAGAGAGUGCACAAACUUUCUUGAGACUUGUAUAUGUGUAACCACAAGCUUGAAGCGUCAUGCGUAACGAGAAAUACAUGAAACAACAGAUGGUGCGAGUGGCCAAAUUAUUCUUCUUUUUUUCUUUUAAGGGAAAAAAUACAAAAAACAAAA